AGAGUCGAACUCCGCUAAAGGACCCUCAUCUGUCGCCGUAGUCACGUGAUGCGGACAGACCCGGAAGUGCAGAGAGCACGCUGUUUUCCGAGGAGAGAGCUGCCUGGUCCGGGUUUACUUUUGGUCCCUGUUUGGAUUUCUGUGUGGUUCUGGUGUCCUCGUCCUACUUCCGGUUAUUGUGUGGGUCUAUUUCAGUUUAUGACGUCAUGUCGGCGGACAGCUGCGUACCUGGACAGUUUGAUGACGCGGAGCAGGAGGACAGCGGCCAAUCACAGCUGUCGGCUGUGCAGGGUCAGACUGAUGUCACCAUGAGGCCUACCUCGGAGCUGGAGGAGGAGGAAGAGGAGGAAGAGGAAGACGAUGAUUAUGAUGAUGAUGAAGAGUGGGUGUGGCGUUCAGCAGGCGGAGAUCUGACUAAAAGAUACCUGAGGACGAGCGCUCAGGCCAACAGACAGAACCCAUCCAAUAAGACGCUGCCGUCCACGCCGUCUGACAAAGCUCUGAGGAAAUACGAACACAAGAUCAACCUGGAUAAGCUGAACUUUGCUGACUCAGUGAUCAAUAAAGUGACGUCGAUGCAGAAACAGAGAGACUCUCACACGUACAGAGUAAAGGACAAAUCAGAUCGUGCCACAGUGGAACAGGUUUUGGAUCCGCGGACUCGAAUGAUUCUGUUUAAGAUGCUGAGUAGAGGAAUCAUCAGCGAGAUCAACGGCUGCAUCAGCACCGGGAAGGAGGCUAACGUGUAUCACAGCAGCACGUCAGCAGGUGAGAGUCGAGCCAUAAAGAUUUAUAAAACCUCCAUCCUGCUCUUCAAAGACCGAGACAAAUACGUCAGCGGGGAGUUCAGGUUCCGUCAUGGUUACUGUAAAGGGAACCCCAGGAAGAUGGUCCGAACCUGGGCCGAGAAGGAGAUGAGGAACCUCAUCAGGUUGCAGAUGGCAGGAAUCCCAAGUCCAGAACCUCUUCUUCUUCGGAGCCAUGUUCUGUUGAUGAGCUUCAUUGGAAAAGAGAACAUGCCUGCCCCCCUUCUGAAGAACGCCUCGCUGUCGGACUCGAAGGCCCGUGAGCUCUACCUGCAGGUUCUCCAGAACAUGAGGAAGAUGUUCCAGGAGGCUCGACUCGUCCACGCAGACCUCAGCGAGUUCAACAUGCUGUAUCACAAUGGCGAUGCUUACAUCAUCGAUGUUUCACAGUCAGUGGAACACGAUCAUCCUCACGCCCUGGAGUUCCUCAGGAAGGACUGCAGCAACGUCAACGAGUUCUUUGUGAAGCGCGGCGUUGCCGUGAUGACGGUUAGAGAGCUGUUUGACUUCAUCACCGACCCGUCAAUCACCCACGACAACAUUGACCAGUACCUGGAGAAGGCGAUGGUGAUUGCAGCCGAUAGGACGUCGGAGCAGAGGUCAGACCAGGAUGGAGUGGAUGAGGAGGUGAGUUUCAAAGAAUCAAAGGAUUCCAGUUUUUCUAAGACCGGAGGUUGCUGCUUGCCUCUGACACGGCAAACAGCCAAUCGUUGGCCAGGAUUUCAGGGUGGCCAAUCAGAUCUCAUGGCCUUCCCUGUCUGUAAGGUCUGCACUCAUCAGGACCUGCUGCUGUCUAAACCAGAAACCGGAAAUCCAGUGACGUCAGACCCAGCGUCCUGCAGAUUAGAUCCACCAGAACCAGACUACAGAACCAAACUACAGAACCAGACUACAGAACCAAACUACAGAACCAAACUACAGAACCAGACUACAGAACCAGACUACAGAACCAAACUACAGAACCAGACUACAGAACCAGACUACAGAACCAAACUACAGAACCAGACUACAGAACCAGACUACAGAACCAGACUACAGAACCAAACUACAGAACCAGACUACAGAACCAGACUACAGAACCAAACUACAGAACCAGACUACAGAACCAAACUACAGAACCAAACUACAGAACCAGACUACAGAACCAAACUACAGAACCAGACUACAGAACCAAACUACAGAACCAGACUACAGAACCAGACUACAGAACCAAACUACAGAACCAGACUACAGAACCAAACUACAGAACCAAACUACAGAACCAGACUACAGAACCAGACUACAGAACCAAACUACAGAACCAGACUACAGACUAAACUCAGACUCAGGCUGUAG